UGAGUUGUUUGAGCUGAUGCACUUUUUUUUGUCAAAAUGAAAUGAUUUGAAUGUAUUAACUGGUGGAGAUUUGGAUAUUUUUCAUCGUUCUAUAUCUACUUUGUGAAUGUGCUGAGCACCUUGUUUUUUUUUCAGUUUAAAUGCAUUCAGAAGCAAUUAAAACUACUUCUUCGGGAUUAAAAUGAUGCAAUGCUUGACAUGGGCAUUGAUUUUUUUACCCAAGACAGGCAGUUGUUGGUGAGCUGGCAUUUUUUAACAGAGUUCAAAGUGAAUUAAAUUACUCCAGCGUUGUGAAAACAGUAGCUAAGAGAGUAUUGAAUAUGUAUUGGCGCAGUCUGACUAAUCCCUGAUCCAUAAGAGCCUUUAUUGAUUUGUAUAGUUAAGCAGUGCAUCAGUAAUACAAACCCAAUAAACAGCACACGCAGCAGACAACAUCAAAACGAACAAGACAUAAUUACAGUAGUCUGUGCAUCCAGUGAUGCGCUGCGCAUGCAAACAUAAAAAAAAAAAAAAUGUUUUCUGGAGUUUGAUUCUCAGCCUCUGCAUCAAUUACACUCUGAACACACUGACACAGAUGAACCCAGUAAAAUCGGUCGAAAGAAUGGAAGGCAGAAAAAAAAGACUAAAUUCUUUAGGAAGAAGGAUCGCAAAUCAAAGAUGACGCUCAAAUAAUGGGCCAUAAUUGGGGAGUUAAAAGGUUUAAAAAUCAAACACGGUAAUCACAGGGUUUGGCCUUACCACUAAUAUUGGGACCCUGACAGAAAUUCCUUUCAUAGUUGAAGGCUACAUGUAAUGAUAAAAGCAAAGUUACAUAAUGAGGGGGAAAUAGCUAAAUGCCCUUUAUUAUUGGGGACCUUAAUGGUCUCUCUAUCAUUUUGAGCUAAAUGAAUCAGGGUACUGCUCAUCUCUCUGAAUUGAUGAUAUUUUGGCAGGUCGGUAAGCAUUUAUUCCUGAGGGCAGGCUACAUAGCAUAGGUUAUUUUAAAAAUACAUUGCUUCCUCACUCAGUGCACAUUGGGGUAAUAGAGAAAUAAUGAGUCUCAUGGUUGUGAGAUUUUGUAUUACAUUUUUAUUUGAUUACUCGGCUGAAACAAUCUACCUCAGUUUUCUCAUUAGUUUUAUGUGGGAGCUCAAAAGAUAUAAUUUUAUGUUCCGACAUUAAUUUUUACCUAAAAUGAAUCAAACUGAGAUUUUCACAAAGGAAACUUUCUGAUAAGAAAAGAGCCACACUGGUAUGUGGUUAUUAUUCCUCUUUUUUGUUACUUAAGUUUCUCUAUUUUGAGUUGCCUCUAGGCCUGUUUUAGGUUUGUGUGACUUAUUUACAAAAAAAAAAAAAACUCCUCUGUACAGUUUCUGUGAAAAAACAUAAAUAUAUAUCUGAGAGAAAAUGGUGGUACUGCAGUAAUCCUCAAAUCUUGACCCAAAUUGUCUUUUUUCACUUCCAGGAAGAUCUUCAGAUGACCUCAUGGAACUAAAUUCCCGAGUCAUACUGUUGUUGGUCGUGCUGCUGCACUGUGGUCCUGCUGAUGGCAGUAUCCUGUACCGAGUCCAGGAAGAGCAGCCUCCAAACACCCUUAUUGGUAGUUUGGCAGCAGACCAGGGACUGCCAGACUCAGGUCACCUCUACAAGCUAGAGGUCGGUGCCCCUUAUCUUCGUGUCGAUGGAAACACGGGAGACAUUUUCACCACGGAGAUUCCCAUAGACAGAGAGACCCUGAGGGACUGUCGUUCUCCUGUUAAGAGCAAGCCCUGCUAUCUGGAGUUUGAAGUAUCUGUGACAGAUCUGUUACAAAACCAGAGCCCCCGACUUAUUGAAGGACGCAUCGAAGUACAAGACAUUAAUGACAACACCCCACAAUUUCCCUUGUCUGUGCUCACCAUCUCUGUCCCUGAGAACACGGUCAUGGGGGCAUUAUUCUCCAUCCCUGUGGCUACAGACAGGGACUCAGAAAGGAAUGGAGUGGCUGACUAUGCGCUGACUGCAGGGCCAGAUGCAGCCACCCUAUUUGGUUUACAAGUGGCUGAUGACAGGGGAGGGAAGCUCCCGCAGCUCAUCGUCCUUGGCAACCUAGAUCGGGAGUUAAAAGAUUCUUAUGACCUCACCAUCAAAGCAGUGGAUGGCGGGAACCCUCAGCGCUACAGCCAAGCUUUGCUUAGAGUAGUAGUGACCGACGCCAAUGACAACUCCCCCAAGUUUGAACACCCUUCGUAUGAGGCAGAAGUUUCAGAGAACAGUCCCGUGGGCCACUCUGUGCUGCAGGUCAAAGCAGAUGACUCCGACAUGGGCCCUAAUGGAGAAAUUGAAUACACUCUUCACCAAGCGGUAGACCCUGUGCCAAAACUCCUACGGAUCGAUCGGUCCACUGGAAUUAUCUAUGUUAAAGGACCACUUGACAGAGAGGAAAUUAACAGCCUUUCCUUUUACGUAGUAGCGAGGGAUAAGGGUCCUCAACCUAAGAGCUCGAAGACAUUCGUAACCAUUGAAGUGACAGAUCAAAAUGACAAUGCUCCGGCUGUGGAGAUUCGCGGGAUUGGUCUUGUGACUCACAGUGACGGGAUGGCCAAUAUUUCUGAAGACAUGCCAGUGGGGACAGCUGUUGCUUUGGUGCAAGUGUCUGACAAAGACGAAGGUGAGAAUGCUGUGGUCACUUGUGUAGUAGCAGGAGAUGUGCCCUUUCAGCUGCGCCCUGCCAGCGACUCAACCAGUGACAACAAAAGGAAAUAUUUCUUACAGACCACCACUCCUCUUGACUAUGAACGAGUCAAAGAAUACAGAGUGGAGAUCGUUGCUGUGGAUUCCGGAAACCCAGCGCUCUCCAGCACCAAUUCCUUAAGAGUCCAGGUGACUGAUGUAAACGAUAACUCUCCAGUGUUUUCCCCCAACAUUUUUGAGGUUGAAUUUGCUGAAGAAAACCAGCCAGGGGAAACCAUUCUGGAUGUUACAGCCACAGAUGCUGACAGUGGCACAAAUGCUGAACUGUUUUACAACAUUGUAGGGGACUCGUACAUCAAAGGUUUGUUUGAAAUUGACUCGAACACUGGGGAAGUCAAAGCCCGAACCCCACUCGACCGGGAACAUAAAGAAAGAUAUGAGUUUCGUGUCACUGCAGCGGAUAAAGGUUCCCCGAUUCAUAAAGGAACGGCAACUGUGGUGAUAAAAGUCCUCGACUGCAACGACAAUGACCCCAAGUUCAUGCUUAGUGGCUACAGCUUCUCAGUUCUAGAAAAUAUGCCUCCUCUCAGUCCUGUUGGCAUGGUAACAGUCCUGGAUAUGGACAAAGGGGAGAAUGCUCACGUCCACCUCUCUGUUGAACCCGAUGGAGGGAAGUUUGUGGUCCAAAAUGGAACAGGUACCAUUCUCUCAAGCAUCUCAUUUGACCGGGAAAAGGAAAGUAGUUACACAUUUCGUCUCAAGGCGGUGGAUGGUGGAGAACCACCCAGGUCUUCAUACGUUGGUGUCACCAUUAAUGUUCUGGAUGAAAACGACAAUGAUCCUGUCAUCACUAAACCUUCAAACUCCUCCUUCAGACAGUUGUCACCUGUAGCUUCCCCAGAUAGUCAUGUUGAAGUGGUGGAGGCCGAGGACCUAGACAGUGGGCCUAACGCAGAUCUGGUCUUCAGUAUUGCCGGGGGGAACCCAUACCAGCUGUUUCGCAUCUCUCCGUCUAGUGGAGAGAUCACAUUAGCAAAGGAGAUGACUCGCAAGCAUGGUGGACUACAUCGUCUCGUGGUGCGAGUGAGUGACAGGGGGAAGCCCCCACGCCAUGCCACAGCCCUCGUUCACAUCUAUGUCAAUGAAACCAUCUCAAAUGUCAGCUUAGUGGAAGCCUUAGUUGGACACAGUCUUUACACGCCCUUAGACAGAGACAUCGCUGGUGACCCCGAAAGUGGUUUUGCUGCACAGCGUAGUAACAUUCUGUUUGGAAGUCUUGCUGGAGUGGCAGGUGUCGUCAUUUUGAUCUUAGUAGUCGUAUUCAUUCGCCAUCGCAUUCAAAGGGAAACAAAGAGUGGCUAUCAAGCUGGCAAAAAGGAAACUAAAGACUUGUACGCGCCAAAGCAGGCACCGAAAAAUGCCAAGGGCAAACGUGGAAAAAAAGGCAAACUUCAGAAGUCCCCAAAACCACUCGGGGAAGAAGAGGAGGUCAGCCUUCAGAAAAGUCUCAAGUUUAACCUUGAUGGAGUCAGCGACAGCCCCAGGAUACACCUUCCCUUGACAUAUUCACCGGGAAGCCCUGACAUAGGUAGACACUACCGCUCCAACUCACCUUUACCAUCCAUCCAGUUGCAAGCCCAGUCGCCCUCAGGCUCUCAGAAGCACCAGGCAGUCCAGGAUCUUCCUGCUGCCAACACUUUUGUCGGAACUGGAGGAGAUGACAACUCAACCGGCUCAGACCAGUAUUCCGACUACAGCUACAAGACCAGCCAGCCCAAGUAUAACAACAAACAGCAUCCUCAUCGCCGAGUGACCUUUUCCACCACCAACCCUGUGCAGGACAUGCAGGAUGCUUCUCAGCAAAGCUACUAUGACAGCGGCUUAGAGGAAUCAGAGACUCCCAGUAGUAAAUCAUCAUCUGGUCCUCGUAUCGGACCCCUGACCCUGCCCGAGGACCACUAUGAGAGGACCACCCCAGAUGGCAGCAUAGGGGAAAACGAACACCCAGAAAACGAUAUCCGCUCCCUCCCGGACGUGGCCAUGACCGGGAACUGCACGACGGAGUGCAGUGAACUGGGCCACUCGGAUGCUUGCUGGAUGCCGGGGCAUCCCUCGCCAGUACGCAGCAAGACCAGGAACCCCCCGAAACUCUCCACCUUCGUGCCUUACCAGGAGAGAGGGAGCCUGGGACGCCUGGCAAACGGGAGCGCCAGGCUGGGCGGCGAGGACCACCGGUCACGGCUCCCGCCCUCCCGCAGUGCCUAUUCCAACAGUGGUCACGACGCCAAUCAGGACUGCCCCUUGGAGGAGAUGCCCUUGAGUGUGGCCUCUGAAUUCCCACCCACGUCUCCACCUAACCACACCCCAAAGCGAGAAAUCUACCUGUGAGGAGCCAAUUCCCCACUCAUCGGUACAAAUGAAGAGAAGGUGCACCCACUUUAAAAGCGGGAAGGGGUUGUUUGUGCGCUGAAGCCAAUGGCCAUUCUUUAGAGGUCGUGACUCCUUCAAUUACUGGCAUGAACACUUGCUUUUGUCAUUUCUGACUUAAAUUAUUAGCUCAUCAGCAUAUCUGUGAAUGAUUGCUCAAAGUUAGUCGACGCACCUGUUAAUUUAUUCAGAGCCUCCAAGGGUACAAUUCGAACAGACGAAACAACGAUGGAAAUGGCUACACUUGUAGUAACCGAUAAUUGUUGUAGUUAGGCAAGUUCCAUUCUGUGAAGUGAUCUCUUGAAUUUGAAAGUUGUGAUCAGUGCUCUUGUGCAAUGACUAGACAUUAUUUGAUAGAAAAGCUAGUCCGGCCAUAUCAUAAGGUAUGAAAAUUCCGACCAAGAACCAAGGGAACUGGUCAUUCUUAAUGUACAGAGCUGUAAAUACAUUUGAAUGGUGUGUUCUACAUAUAUUUUGUCUGGUAUAAACUGGGAAAAAAAUGCCUCCUAAUUUUAGCAUAUUUAAGCUUUUCUUUACUGCUGCUGUUUAAACUUGAUUGAAACCAUCUCCAGGAGUGGAGCUUGAUAUUGUGAAAAGCAUUCAUCUGCUCGGCAAUAUCACACACACACAUAUACACACCUUUGACCCCUAAUCACAGUAGAAUGGCCUUUACCUCCACUCCCUGUAGAGCUCUGCCUCUGGUGGAAAGAGCUGUGUGGCAGCAUUUAAUCUGACAUUAUGUUUCACUGACUCGCAGCACUGUGACCUGUCGUUCAUCUUGAAAACGGUUGACUUGGCCGCAGAACCCGAGGGUCACAAUGACCAAAUGCAGACUACUCACCACACACGUUCGGAUUGGCUUUUCACUCUGGAUGGGAUUUUUUCCAUUGACUGUAAAAGAAACCGGACUGAAACCCCACCCCCCCUCACAGUCCAAACAGGAAGUACCUGCUGGCUCCAAGAAGCCAUAGACUUCUAUUGAAAAAUAGACAACUUGUCAGAAUAAGCAUUCUUUCUCUGAUACAUUUUCAUUAAUGUUUUUCAUUAUAGUUUUUCUAAGUUAUAAACUGACCAAUCAGAUCUCAUUAAAAGCACGUGAUGGCCACUGGCCCCCACCUUGGACGUUUGAUUGACAGAUCUUCCCGAGCUGCUUUCAGUAAAAGGGGUGUGGACUAGCUAACUCAAGCUAAUUCAUCAUUGGCAACAGUAGUUGCUAUAGAAACGCUGACUCAGAUCAGUCACGGUCUUCUGGCUCCAACAUAGCGCUGGCCGUAUCACAGAAAAAUGGCGACUGAAUUGGCUUCACUUCACUGGAGCCAGAAGAAAGGCAUUUUCCAUGGGCGAUGUCACACUCGCUCAGUCCAGUUGUCUUAUACAGUCAGUGGAUUUUUUUUUCACCACUUACAUUGCCAUACAGUCCUUGUCUUUUGAUACCUUGAACACUUGAUAAGCAGAUUCUCCCGAGCCACUUUCAGGAGAGAAGUUUGGACUUCUAACAAGCUUUCUCAUGAUUGCCCACAGUAGUUGCCAUAGAAACACUGACUCAGAUCAAUCAAGGUUGUCUGACUCCAACAUGGCGCUAUCCAUAACACAGAAAAAUGGCGACUUAAUUGGCUUCUUUUCACUGAGUAAGGCAUUUUCAAUAAGUGACGUCACAUCCCCAUAGUCCAGUUCUCUUAUACAGUCGAUGCAUUUUUACCUUGUCUUUUGAUGCAAUGGAGUGGGGGUCUUCCUCCAGAGUUGGUAGCCUUCCUUCGUUAAGAGCUAGUUUAUAUUAAAGAAAAAAAAAAACAUCUGGGAGACUGAGUUUGUAGGAAUUUAAAACAAAUUUGAUUUUACCUGGAUCUACAACUACCCAUUCAUCACACGGAAUGGCUAUUAGAUUUCAAAUCAGUGGGUGAAAGCUGAGAGGUCAAAAAGUGAGUUCAACUGCCAUAAAAUGAAGUCUAAUUUUCUUUGUAUUGAGGACAGCAUGCCUAAUAAGUCGUAAGAUAUUUUUCCUUCUCUGGCUAUUAAACAGAGAAUAAAAAUAGGGUAUGCCUGGGAGAUUCAUUUAUCUUUACAAAAGAUUUUCCAAGUGAAUCUGAAGGAUAUGUCUGAAGGACACUACGUAUUAGACAGUAAUUGGAUGUUAAUGAUGACUCCACUAGCCUGCGCUACUACAUCGUAUAGCGCCAGUUGGUGUCUUUGAUUCAAACAUCGAUUUGAUUAGAUUUGUAGAUACCUUUCACCUCUGCAGAGUAUUUCCAUAGUGAGAUUGUGUCUCUGAGAGAGGAUGGAGCAGCACAGAAUGGACAUUUCCUAAUUAAGGUGAGUAAUGAGUCCUGAGCUAGGGCAUGUGUGAGCACACACCCCCAGGACAAGGCACCCACCAGAUAAUGCAAAUCCACCCACCGAGCUACAAUCAGUUAAAAGGGGUAUUUUUAUC